AUGGAGCCUCUUCUUGAAUGCUCCCUGAUCCUGGGUCAAAUCCUGGAGGAGCUGGACAUUAGGCACAGCACUAUGACCUACCAGGAUUUGUGCAGGUUUCUUUGUAUCCGCUUUGACCUGGUCCACCUGGCCAAGAUCCGAAGCCUACUGUUCUACACUGCCUGCUUGGACCCAGCCUUCCCAGUCAGCCUCUUUAAGGACAAAAUGCAUCACUCCCCAGAGGACCUGCAUUCCAAGAAACUGAUGGUAGCAGCUGACAUCGUAACCAUGUUCAACUUGAUUCAGGUGAAUGGGGAAAGAGCUAAAGACCAGCUUUCAGCUGUACUCAGAGCCCAGAUGUCCAAACACCGGUCCAUGGAGCUGAGCAGAUCUGACAAUGAGUCUGGUAACCUUCAGGACAAUGACAGGAGGGCUGGUUAUAAACACGUGGAUUUCCCUACAGAUGGACAUCAUAGCCAGCACCCCCAACAGCACCUCAAUGUUCAGGGUGCUUCUUCCUGUUCAACACCAUCAGAGAAAACAAACUGCCCGCUUGUUUCCACAUCAGAUCCAAACUUCUUUCUGCGCUUCAACAAAGCAGCAUUUGCAGACAAACCACAUCUGCCUCAGGUCCACAGCAGCAGUCCAACCUCAGGACCCACUGAAACGCAGAUCACCUACUAUCCCAUGAAGUCCACCUCUGAUCAGGAGCCUCUGCAGCACAGUCCCCAUCCUGAGGGCUUUUCUGUUCGAUCCUGUUCUCAGAAGAGAGACAUCUUCAAGGAAGACUUCCACAACUUUGCUGCCUUCUCACCACAGGUUGCCAACAAUGAUGAUACGAGGCAUAGUAAGGUUGCUGACAAUUUCCACAGGAGGGACUUGCACAAGCCUGCUACCUUCUUCAACCACAGCUUUGAGAUACCAUACAGGAACCCUUACUUUGACGCAGAACUCAAAUCACCACCUCAUCACAAACUGAGGGUGAAACACGAAAGCCUGGAUGACUUACAGGCAUCAACCUACUUUGGUCCAACCAGUGUGUCUGAGCAUGUCAGCAGCAAGAAGCACGUGAACAGAUCAUGGAUGCAACCAGUGUGGUCCUUCAAGAGUCUGAACACAGAGGAGAGCCCACCAGACUCUGAGAGAUUGUAUUCAAACAGCAAACCACUCCAAGAAAACAUCAGCAUUAUCAGUACAAACAAUGAGCAGCAUUUCGCCAGUGUAAAAGACAAGGUAGCAACUUCGUCUGGCAUUGCAACAAAAAGUAAUGGAUUAAAAAAUGGUGUUGCUUUGGUGAGAGAAGCCACAGGUCUGGACAAAAGAGGAGCAGUCAAAAAGAUUAGGGACCAAACUGUGCACAGUGCAUCAUUUCAAGGAGACAUCUCGUCUAGUGUUGGAACUCAAACUGAGCAUGCUGAGAGGAAGAAGGUGAGGGAUUAUCCUUCUAAGUACAGUAACAGAGAAAGACACCCCCUGAAGCACACUGAAGAGGACUCUGAGAUCAUAAGUGAUAACAUCAGUGACAUUUUUCGUUUUCUGGAUGAUAUGAGUGUUUGUGACUCUCUGGGCAUUGUCCAGUCAUCGUGUCACAACAGUAAUGGGUCUCUCUCUCAGGUAACUCUGAAGUCUGAAGACGACAGCUCACCUGAACACAACACAGUCAGACUAGCCAAAUCCAAGUUGGACCACCUCUUCCAUUCUCUGGAAAACCCAGAUGAUGAGCUGAAACUGAGUGUGUGGAAGCUGGUGAUGAGGAUUGGUGAGAUUGAGAAGAAACUUGAAUCUCUGACCGGAGUUCACAGUGACAUGUCCCAGGUUCUCUCCAAGCUCAACAAACUGGAUGAGAAGAUCCAGGAGCCAGAAACCAAGAAGGAACAAACAGGAAAGACAUCAGCCACACCAGAUCAGUCCCACCCUUCCCCUCAUCUACAUUCUAGUACCACCCUCCCACCUUAUGUUUUCCAGUGCCACACUACUGGUCACAAUGUCAAAAAAAAAAAUGGCCAUACAGGAGAAUGGGGUCAGUUAGAUGAAAGUGACAGCCUUAGGACUAAGGCUCUGAAGAGGAGUAUGUUUACCAGAAGGUCAUCUCGCUCACUCAGUGAGGAAACCAGUGCUACUGAGUCAAAGGUCAACAGCAUCACCAACUCUCUAUGCAACUGGAGGGCUGAAUCCCACUCCUUCCAUCCAGGAGACACAAUCAAGGACAACAACAACAACAAGGAGCGGGAAUACAAGGACAAACAUCGGAAAAUUAAAGAGACAGAGAGACCAGGUCAGUAUGAGACAUUUCAGACCCAGCGGCCAACAAAACCAACAAAGGAGCCUUAUCUGACUGAGCAGGUCUUUGUUCCACACACUUUCAGCCAGUCCACCAAGGCUCGUGCAAAAAACAGCCACCUGUACAUGAACAUGAAGGUCAGCAGCCUGUCAGACAGGAAGCAGAACCAGCCUUCCUGGACUUUCACCGAGUACAGACAUGAUGCAGGAGAAAGGAGAAAACCACUGUCUGCUUUGGACCUGCAGAUUCAGGAGUGCCUGAACCCCAACAGCCUGGAGUACUGGAUGGAGGACGUCUACACGCCAGGUUAUGACACGCUGCUCAACAAGAAGGACGCAGAGUUCAGGAGGGCUAAAGUCUGUAAAAUUGGAGCUCUGAUUGUAGCUGCAACCUGUACUGUGAUCCUGGUCAUUGUUGUUCCAAUCUGCACGAUGAACUCAUGA